AUGGCGGCCGCCAAGAAGACGGUGCUCGUCGUGGCGGCGCUGCUGCUCGUCGCGCUCAUCGCGCUGGAAGCCGCCCCUCCGGCGUCCGCCGUCACGGACUGCAAGGCCGGGUGCGACGAGCUCAGACGACUCGGCGUGUUCAACUGCGAGAAGAGGUGCGAGGCGAUCGCCGCCCAGGCCCAGCAGGGACCCAGGGGCCCUGACAAGUCGGUCUUGUUUUGA